CCAAACACUCGGCUCACUUCAAGGAAAUUGCUGCUGCUCGCACAGACUGCUGGCCCGCCUUUCUAAAAUGUUCAGUACAGUGCACAGGCUGGUGGCUGUAUCCUCUAUAGUCUACAAUUAGCUUUAAAGAGGCAAUGAAGGACAUACUUGUACUGCUGGUUCUGCUGAAUGCCCACACUUCCAAGGUCGACUCUCAGCCCUAUCGGGCGGACUCAGAUGGAAACUGUCGCAACUCAACAACAGAGUACCUGUUAAGUGAUUCUGACCUGUGCUGCAAGAAAUGCCUCCCUGGACAGCAUCUGACACAAGAAUGCUCUGAAACUAAUGAGUCCGUGUGUGAACAAUGCCCGGCAGGCCUGUACAUGGAGAGCUGGAACUACGCUCAAAACUGCUUCAAAUGUCCCACAUGCAAACAAACCAAAGGUCUGCAGGAGGCCCAGAGCUGCUCCUCUAGCACAAAGUCAAAGUGUGUGUGCAAGCCUGGGAUGUACUGCAGCAUGGGAUUUGAUGACCCGUACUGCACAGCAUGUAUCAAGUACAAGCUAUGCAAAACUGGCUAUGGAGUGUCUGUGGCAGGGACAGGAAAUGCAGAUGUGAGGUGUGAAAGGUGCCCCGAUGGGACGUUCUCGAACACCGUCUCCUCCACUGACCGCUGUCGCCCUCAUACAAACUGUAACGGGAGGGUUGUUGUCAGAAAAGGCGACGCUACCUUGAACACCAUGUGUGGACCUGAAAGUUUGACAUCCAACACGCAGCCUCAAACCUCAACAAAACAGCCUCACACUGAGAUGGUACUCACAACUAGAAGCACAGUGAUGAGCACAGUGAGGAGCACAGUGAUGAGCACAGUGAGGAGCACAGUGAUGAGCACAGUGAUGAGCACAGUCUUAGCGACCUCAGACUCCAAGGCUCCACGUGGACCGACAGACUCCACGCUGUCUGUUAGCACGUCCGUUUCAGAGGGAGUAACAAACUAUUCGACAAAAGCCCCGCCACCAAGCACAGUAUCUACCAGCACACUGGCUGCUGUCAUGGCCUGCGUCAUUGGAGUAUUACUUUUCUUCAUCCUCAUCGCUGUCAUUCUGCUGCUCCGUUGCAAUCGAGUCUGGAAGCCAGGAACUGAUGAACAUCCCAAAGUAGAUGCAAAUGGAAACUGCGAGAGUGGUGAUAAAAUCAAUCCGAAUUAUUUGGGGGAAACGCAGCUGGCCUCAUUCACAGUAACCUCACCAGAACAACGGCAUCUGCUGCAGAAUGGGGAAGCCAGCAGUGACCACAGUCAGUGCAGUAACAAUACUGAAACUUUAACCCGAACAGACGGCUGCAGCAGCCUGGAGUCCAUCGGCCCUUUGCAAUCCACCCUAGCUCUUCACGAUCCUCACUCUGCUCUGUCGGAGCCCAGGUCUCUACACUCCAACAUAGAGCCCUUCACGCCCCAGCCCAGCAUCCCCAUACAGUACUCCUCUCAGCCCUCCUCUCAGCCCACCAGCCCACAGGUCAUCAGCCCCGUGACCACCAGUCCCCACGUCAACGUCAACAUCACUUUCCACAUAGCAAACGGGUCUUGUGGCACGCCGACGUCUAUCACGCCCACAGACUUAAGGCAGGUUGACUCUAAACUGCCCUUUGGAGAGGAGGAGGAGACGUUUAGCAUCCCGCAGCAAGAAGCUGGAAAACAAUCACUGAUGUCAGUGCAGGAGAGUGAAAGUUACAGUGCACGAAGAGUCACCUGCGUGAAAGACUGAUGAUAAAUCCAUUUGCUUUUUUCUUUCUGUCAUGAUACAACAUUGAAAACAAUCUGACUGGCUACAAGAUGCACUUGUAGAUGUGGCAUGUUUUCAUGAGGACAACAAGACAAGCUUAGUUCUGUUUCCAUAUCAAAGUUAUCAACAGUGUGUUUAUAUGUAUAUACAUUAAAUAAAGAUGUGAAUAUUGUCUUUC